AUGUUGGCCGCUUUGCAGCCGCCUCCGAGCGAGACGCUCUUCGUGACCGGGCUCCCCCUGAAUUGCACCAACGAGCACGCGAAGGAGAUCUUCGGACAGUACGGCACGGUCAAGGACACGAACAUCCUCCCCGUGAGCCCUGGCAAGAGUGCCCGUGCCGGCUUUGUCACCAUGACCACUGUCGACGAUGCCAAAUGGAUCGUGGAGCACGUCAACGGCAACGUGCCUCAGAACCUGAAGGAUCCCGUGAACGUGGUCUUCGCGACACCGAAAGGUGACCGAAGCGGCGGCAAAGGUAUGGGCAUGGGAAUGAAAGGUGGAUGGAAGGGCGGCGAGAUGGACAUGAUGAACAUGAUGUGGAUGAUGAAGGGUUUCUUCAACAAAGGCUAUGGCAAGGGGGGCGGCGGCCCAGACCCGUCUGUGACGAAGUACAAGACGGUCUUGUGCACAUUCUUCGAGAGCCAGGGUUUUUGUCAGAGGGGCGACUCUUGUACCUUCGCCCACGGUCCUGGUGAGCUCGGCAAAGGCAAAGGCAAUCCUGGAAAGGGCGCCGGCGCAGGGAAGGGAGGCAUGAUGGCCUUGGGCAUGGGCUCCGCGCCGAACCCUGCGAAGUACAAGACGGUGAUGUGCAACUUCUUCCUGCAGGGUCUCUGCACGAAGGGCGAGACUUGCACCUUCGCCCAUGGUGCGCAUGAGAUCAAGGGUCCUGGGGCGCCCGCGUGA